GUCAAUGCUGGUCAAUGUGUUGCCGUCACGAUUUGACAGUUUGGGCCCAAUUUUUGACGUUUUGACACUCACGCCCGGGCCUGCUCAUCGAACGUCAUCGAUCAACUGGGGUCCUAAUCCAACCAAUCAACAAAGCAGCAUGAAAGUUGGUCAACCCAUUGUUCAAGUUCUACGAAGACAGAGCCUUAAGCCUACACAUUUGCCCCAGCAGCUGUUGAUCUCACUCCCAACAAAAGAAGGUGGUGUUUUGAAAGAAAUCAAACAGGUGGGAACUGGCAAGGAGCAGCUCAGUCCAGUCAGUCCACACAGGCUUUUUGACGAAUGGCAUGAAGCUUGAUUUUCUGAAGGUAGUGUAAAAAAGACAUUCAAGACCUUACUGGAGUAAAUACCAUUGAAGUGUGCAGUCUUGUCUUGUUAAUCCAGUUAUGCUUUCGGUGAAAAUGGAAGUCCACCUAAAAAUUCCUCUUAAAUGCCACAUUGCUGAUGUUUGAGGUUGGAAGAUAGAAAAUCUCACCAAAGCAUGGAGGAGCAUGAUGGAGGAAUUAUAAAUCAAACCUUAAAGUUAUUCAAAUCCUAUAAUGAAAAGGUGCUUGUUGCUGAAGUUUCACUGGUCGGUCGACACGGUGACACGGUAUUUGAUCAACUUGAGUUAAGCUUCAACCUUGGAGAAGAUUUAGAACACAACAUUCCCGACGGUGUUGAAUAGGCUCUGUUGAAAUUCAAGAAGCAAGAGAAGUUGACACCUACAUACGGUUUCGGCUCUGCCGGUAACGAGAAACAAGGUGUUUUACCCAACGUCAACUUCGAAUACGAGGUUGAAAUCAAGAGCUUUGAAAAGGCCAAAGAGAGCUGGAGCAUGGACGCCGAAGAAAAAGCUGGAACAGGCUAAACUCUGCAAAGAAAAAGGAGCCAAUCAUUUUAAAACUGCCAAAUACGCUCUGGCUAACAAACAGUAGGCCUACUCCAAGAUUGUCACCCUCCUCGAGUUGGAAAAAUCUCUUAAAGACGAGAAAGCUACUGAGCGGGAACAGCUCAUGCUGGCAGCAUACCUCAAUCAGGCCAUGUGCUGUUUAAAGUUAAAUGAUUUCUGUGCAACUCGUGAUCAUUGCCACAAGGCGCUCGAGAUGGACCCGAAAAAUGAAAAGGGUUUAUUCCGCAUGGGCCAGGCACUUUUGGGCAUCCACGAGCCGGAAGAAGCCAAGAAACAUUUGGCGAUUCUCCAAUUUGAUUCGAACAACAAGGCGGCCGCCAAUCAAGUGGUAAUCUGCAACGCCAAGAUUCGCGAGCAACGCGAAAAGGACAAGAAAUUGUACUCUAGCAUUUUCAACAAGAUGGCCGAAAACGAUCGACAGAAAGCCUUGCGGAACAAGGCGAUGGAAAGGCCGGAACCAACGCAGUGGGACAAUGAAGACUCGGAGAACACGACCGCCGUUGAAUUGAAAGAUCCUUUGGACUCAGUGCUAUGUACAGAGUCGGAAGACUUCGAAGGGUCGGAUGAAAACUAUUAAAUCUUGAUUAUCGUCAUUGUGAUUCUCGACCCAUUUUUUUUUUAAAUUUAAUUACCGAGAAUUGAUUGUGUUUUUCUUUCAUGCCUGUUCUCUCUGUUGUUAUAACAUAAUAACUUCUAAACCAAAACAGUACUAAGGACAUAUUCAAUUGAUUGUGUAAUUAUCGACUGCCAUCAAUCGUAAAACAUCUCAUCUUUAUCACAUAGAAAUGGUGGAUUUGACGGUUAAAUUUAAUAAAUAAAAAUGCCACGAGAAAUUUA